AUGUUUCCAUCCGACUUCUCCUCUUGGUUGACUGUCAUCAUCACCCUAGAGAGGGCAAUUUGCGUGUGCUUCCCGAUACGGAGCCAUUAUGUAUUCAAGUCCGGCUGCACUAUCCGGUGGAUCAUAAUCUCUAUAAUGAUCCUGGGGUCACUCAACGCAGUUGAUAUCUACUUCUGGCAAUACAGAAACAGGCGCUGCUACCCACGCCACUACUUACAGACCGUUUUCCACGGAACACUUUAUAGUUACCUGCCGGCUACAAUUAUAAUGGCAUGCAACAUAGCGAUCGCUUACAAACUUUGUCGACGCCCUACGCUGGGUCGGGCCCGACCACAGAACAAUGGGACUAUAGGUCUUGUCUUGUCCAUCAAUGUAGUGUUCGUUGUCACAACGAUCCCUUUUUCUGUCGUACUUUAUUUUAAAAAUUAUGAUGUGGAGGAGACGGGCGCCGGUAGUAGUAUGUUGUAUGCCAAUCUUGUCUCAUGCGUAAACAAUGCGCCUUCUGAUAUUCAUCCUCCUAAUAUUCUUCCUUCUACUAAUCAUCCUUCUAAUAUUCAUCCUCCUAAUAUUCAUCCUCUUAAUAUUCAUCCUCCUAAUAUUCAUCCUUCUAAUAUUCAUCCUCCUAAUAUUCAUCCUGCUAAUAUUAAUCCUUCUAAUAUUCAUCCUUCUAAUAUUCAUCCUCCUAAUAUUCAUCCUCCUAAUAUUCAUCCUCUUAAUAUUCAUCCUCUUAAUAUUCAUCCUCCUAAUAUUCAUCCUCCUAAUAUUCAUCCUUCUAAUAUUCAUCCUUCUAAUAUUCAUCCUUCUAAUAUUAAUCCUUCUAAUAUUCAUCCUUCUAAUAUUCAUCCUCCUAAUAUUCAUCCUCUUAAUAUUCAUCCUCUUAAUAUUCAUCCUCCUAAUAUUCAUCCUCCUAAUAUUCAUCCUUCUAAUAUUCAUCCUCCUAAUAUUCAUCCUUCUAAUAUUCAUCCUUCUAAUAUUCAUCCUUCUAAUAUUCAUCCUCUUAAUAUUCAUCCUUCUAAUAUUCAUCCUCCUAAUAUUCAUCCUGCUAAUAUUAAUCCUUCUAAUAUUAAUCCUUCUAAUAUUCAUCCUUCUAAUAUUCAUCCUCCUAAUAUUCAUCCUUCUAAUAUUCAGCCUUCUAAUAUUCUCUCUGCUAUACGUCCGUGUAUUGGAUACUCUUGUCAUAUAUUAUGUACGUCAUGA